AGCUCAUCCUAAUUAACUCCUACCAUCACAACAAUGGUAGCAAAAUUCAAUUUGGGAGGGCGCAAAAGGAAAGAAGAAGAAGAAGAAAAACAUAGAGGAGGCAGAAUGGACAGAUGAUGGCGAUGGUGGUGGGAUCCACUGCUUUUUUUUUUUUUUUUUGGUGGUAAUGUGUGUUUUGGAACAAGCUCUUCUUCUAGUUCUAGUGGUGGCUGGGUGCAGCCUUGCAUUGCUUCGUUUCCAUUUUCACGGGGACCCAUGUCAGUUUUCCAGCUAACCUUUAAAACGACGUUCCAUCGGCCGGCAAAAGCUACCUUCAGAUCAAUGGUUUGGUGGUGGUGGUGUCUGUCUCCCUGCUCGCUAUUUUCUACGUACAUCCUUUCUGUAUUAAUAUUACGUGAAGUGAAACCCUAGCCCAGCCAUAGCUGUUGUUUUCCUUCUCACGUCUACAAACGAAGGCAGCUUUCUGAAUUUUUUGCCGGUGGUUCCAGAGACUGGACUGGCCACGAUAUAUAGUUUCUCUUCUCCUAUAGCUUGGCUAUGGAUGAAGCUUUUAUCAUUGGAAAUUCAAACUAGCUUAGUAUUCAUCAGCCGACGUCACUACUACAAACAUAUAUAUGUACAUAUUCGUUGUUUUCGUGUGUUGUACUGUAUACGCACCACGAAUAAUAUCUGUUACCGAUAUUCCUUUGGAUAGUACUGCAAACGAGAAGCCUUUGAACAUCAGCAAACUUCAUAUAUACACUAAAGUGAUGAUGGGUGUAGUUUGAAUUCGGGUCUCCUGACCUCCAUAUCCAAGUUCAUUUUCUACAUGCAUCUGUGUGUAUAGACGAUCUAACAUUCACAAUGACGCUUCUUUCUUCCCAAUGGCGGAUCCAGGAUAGAGCACUGAACCACAUUAAAAAAAAGAGGCGAAAAAGCACUGGGCCGUAACCUAGCAAACUCUAAAACAAAUACCGAAAAUUGAAAAUUUACAAGGAUAUACUAGCUCUAGAUCCAGGGGAGAGUUGGACCGUGGCCCGGAGAUGGCCUCCUAGCUAGAUCUGCCGAUGUCUCUUCCUUCGAAGUAUCUUCAUUUUUGCAGUUCUUAGCGGUAUGUGAUCACACACCUAACCUCAGGACUAUGGAUUCAAUAUCCAACCUUAAGCCCUCCAAUCUAAAUAAAAGAGUACAUAUAGUUAUGGUUGUAGAAUUAGAAGGGUUUUGUUUUGUUUUCAUGAUAUCCAUCAACCUAAUCAUAAACUCUUUAAUAUGGAAGUUUGAUUUAGGGUUAAUAUUUUCGUAUUAUUAGAGCAGAUUGAUGAACCCUGCUGUGCAGAGCUGGAGAACCAAGGCAGAGGGAAGACGAAGGUUGAAGAAGAGUAAUACGCAGCUGUUUGUUCAAUCCGAUGCCGUUUCCAUUGUCUCCGUUACUAGCUAGCCGUUAAGUGUUGGACGGUUGUUUGUUGCCACGUGUUAGGCACAGUAAUAUUUAAAUUACAGUUUCAAACUUCAUUUCCGUUUUUACUGUAGUUGAUUUCUGAUGGUAUAAAAGGAAACAGAGAAGCAUACAGCUUUCUCUGAGAUUUCCCCUCCAAUCAUUCAGCAGCUAAACCUAGCAGCUGCUUCCUUUCCUUCUUCUUUCAUUUCUAUUUCUUAUGGUAUCAGAGCGGCGCUGAUCCAUCUCUCCGCUUCAUAGUCUACAAUGGCGAACAAUCCACCUCCACAAACUCCACCAGGUUCUCAAAACUCAGGUAUACCAUUUGGCACUUUCAACGCUGAGUCAAGUGGUGCUGGAGGCCAGACCUACAACAAUCCUGGUGCGGAUGCUCGUCAACAGCAGAAUGGUAACAAUACUCAUCUGGGUCUGGUGUUUGGAAGUCCCUAUUACAUUAAUCCCAGUGAAAACCUAGGCCAAUCCAUCGUUGCUGAAACCCUGGAUGGAUCUAACUACCAGACCUGGCAGCGAGCUGUAAGAAUGGCUCUUAAGACCAAGCAUAAGCUGGGUUUCAUUGAUGGCACACUUCCAAUGCCUGAUCAUACUCAUCCUGAUUUCGUUUUAUGGGAUGCUUCAAAUACUAUGGUUCUCUGUUGGAUUCUGAAUUCAGUACAUAAAGACAUUAGCAGGAGUGUUUUACAGCAUGAAAAUGCAAAAGUUGUGUGGGAUGAAUUGAAGGCUCGAUUUGGCAGGUCUAAUGCCAUCAAGCUAUCUAACUUGCAGGAUGAAAUGGCUGCCUGUAAGCAAGGUAAUAUGAGUGUGACUCAGUACUAUAUCACACUUAAGGGUUUAUGGGAAGAGAUUCAGCAGUAUAGCCCUGUGGUUGAAUGUGAUUGUCUAGCUGUAAGAGUUAGGCCUUGUGCAGCAGUUGUUGCUUAUAAGCAGAAGCUUGAAACUGACUAUCUGAUUAAGUUUUUGAAGGGAUUGAAAUCAGACUAUGAUGUGAUUCAAUCUCAAAUACUCAUGCUUAAACCCUUGCCUGCUGUGGAAGUUGCUUUGGAUGAUGUUUUACAACAUGAGCAGAAGUUACAAGGUGAUAAAGGGAAAAGCACCAGGGGUAUUCAGUCAGUGGCACUUGCUGCACAAGGACAAUCUGAUCAGAACAAGAAUUUGAACUCUAACAAGGAGACUAAGUAUGAGAAUGCUAGAGAAGGGAAGUUCUGUCGAUAUUGCAAGAUGAGUGGUCAUCUAAAGGAGGAAUGCUAUAGGUUGAAGAACAAGAAAGCACGAAUGGCUGAAGGAGGUGGUUUUGUUGGUUCUGUUUCCCAAUCAGAUUCACAAAGUGGUGACUCCAUUUCCUCAGGACAAAGUGCUGGCUAUGAAAGCAAAUCUUCUUCAACUGGAUCCCUCAGUUUUACUAAUGAAGAACUGAACAAGUUAAGGCAACUUCUGCAACAGCCUGAUAGCAUGAGUCCAUCUCCACCAUUAUCCCCUUCUAUCAAGCAUGCCUCAUUCUCAGUCUCACAACACUUACCAUCUCAACCCAACUAUGCUGGUAAAUAUGUUCUCUCUUCUUAUGCUCAACAUGGUUUGAUGGCCCUGACUCAAGUCUGGAUUUUGGAUAGUGGUGCUUCAGACCACAUAGCAUGCACUCUUGCUGUGUUCAAACAAGCUAGAUCAGUUUCAAAUCAGUUUGUUUAUCUACCUAAUGGCUCUAAAGUGGAAGUGAGUCAUAUAGGUUCAGUCCAAAUACCAAAUGGGUUGAUUUUACAAGAUGUUCUACUAGUUCCCAGUUUCACUUUUAACCUAGUCUCCAUUAGCAAACUUACCCAUGACCUUCCCAUUUCCUUGUUAUUUGAAUCUGACUCUUGUCAUAUUCAGGACCAAACAACCAAGAACCUGAUUGGUUCAGCAAAACAAGAUAGGGGACUCUACCACCUCACUCUUCCAUCAAGGUCCACAUCUGACAUCUCAUCCCACCAAGUAGCAACCACUUACAAUUUCCUUCCUCACCAAAUAGACCUUUGGCAUUGGAGACUGGGGCAUCCAAGUAGAGACAGAGAAAAUCAAGCUACUGGAUGUAAUAGAACUUCUUUUAAACAUUGUCCAACCUGUCACUUGGCAAAACAAAAGAAACUGCCCUUUCCUAUUAGUGACAGUAGAGCUAUUUCAGCUUUUGAUAUGGUUCAUGUAGACAUUUGGGGACCUCUUGCUGUUAAGUCACAUGAUGGCUUUUCUUAUUUCCUUUCAAUUGUGGAUGAUCAUACACGCAGUGUUUGGGUAUUUUUAAUGAAACAGAAAUCAGAAGCUUCUCAUCUUCUGGAAUCCUUUUGUGUUAUGAUUCAGAACCAGUUUAGCAAAACUGUUAAGGUUAUAAGGAGUGAUCAGGGGGGUGAGUUUCACAUGAUUGAUUUCUACAAUGCUUUUGGGAUUGAACAUCAGCUUUCCUGUGUGGAAACUCCUGAGCAGAAUGCCAGAGUUGAGAGGAAACACCAGCAUAUUCUCAAUGUUGCCAGGGCUUUACGUUUCCAAUCAGGAUUGCCACUUCAUUUUUGGAGUGAUUGCAUCCUGCAUGCAGUCUACUUAAUUAAUAGAUUGCCUUCACCAGUAACUGAUGGUGUCUCACCCUUUGAGUUACUGUAUCAUAAACAACCAGCCUUAGAUCUAUUAAAGGUUUUUGGUUGCUUAUGUUAUGCAUCUACCUUGUUGAGAGACAGAACCAAAUUCAGUCCCAGAGCCAGGCAAUGUGUCUUUCUUGGCUUCCUUCCAGGGAUCAAAGGGUACAAACUCUUUGAUCUUAACACACAUCAAACCUUUGUUUCCAGACAUGUGGUCUUUUAUGAGACCAUUAUCCCUUUCUUAGACCCUUCUUCUUCUACUUCUGUUCCUACCUCUUCACCACCACAGCCUACUUAUUCUAGCAAUACACCAAUUUUUCCCAAUAAUCCUAUUCCUCCUGAUCCAUUUUUCUCCUCUUCCACACCUUCUCAGACUUCACCUCCUUCUUCCUCUACUCCUUCUUCCUCAACUCCUCCUUCCUCACCUUCUUUUCCUUCUGCCACAGACACAUUGCCUGCUUCCUCUGUUGGUGAAGUAGUAGAGUCUUCAGGAGUGAACUCUGAAGGGGAGGAUGAGUUAGUUGCACAACUUGAAUUUGAGGAUGUAGAAGGUGGUCCUGAGUUAAGGAAAUCUGACAGAAUCAGAACAGUGCCAGUUUGGCAUAAAGACUACAAGGUUGGAGCAGUUAGCAAGUACUCCAUGGAUAAGUAUGUCACUUUUGACAAACUCCCACCUGCACAUAAAACUUAUGUGAUGAGUGCCAUGGCUGUUACUGAACCAAAAACUUAUGAAGAAGCCUGUAAAGAACUGUGUUGGAGGGAGGCCAUGAAGGAUGAAUCUGAUGCUCUUGAAGCAAAUCAGACUUGGGAACCGGCUUAUUUGCCAACUGGUAAGAGGGCAAUUGGUUGUAAAUGGGUGUAUAAGGUGAAACUUAGAGCUGAUGGUACCAUAGAGAGGUUCAAGGCCAGAUUAGUGGCCAAGGGAUUUACUCAAAUUUAUGGGAUAGAUUUCUUGGAUACAUUUUCACCAGUAGCCAAGAUUAACUCAGUUAAGGUUUUGUUAGCUGUGGCUGCUGCUAAUGACUGGCUUAUACAUCAGAUGGAUGUAUCAAAUGCUUUCCUUCAUGGAGAGUUAAAUGAAGAAGUCUACAUGAAGCCACCACCAGGGAUGAACUUACCUGACAAGAGAAUGGUACUGAAGUUAAAGAAGUCUCUUUAUGGACUAAAACAGGCCAGCAGGCAGUGGUUUGCCAAAUUAGCUAGUUCAUUGUUGAAAAAUGGCUUUGCUCAAACUGCUUCAGACUAUUCAAUGUUUGUCAAGAGAAUUCAGGGAAGAAUGUUGAUUGUUCUGGUGUAUGUAGAUGAUAUACUGAUUGCAGGAGCCUCCUUGGGAGACAUAGAACAAUUGAAAUUGUUCUUGGGAAGAGAAUUUAAAGUGAAGGAUCUUGGUGAUCUAAAGUUUUUCCUUGGCCUGGAAGUUUAUAGGGAUGUAAAUGGGAUUCAUGUGAAUCAAAGGAAAUACUGUAUGGAGUUGCUGGAAGACACUGGAUAUCUGGAAGCAAAGGAUUGCUUGGCACCAAUUGACUACAAGUUGAAGCUAUCUGCUAAGCAAGGGGAGCCUCUUCCUAAUCCUGAAGUUUACAAAAGGUUAGUAGGAAGAUUGCACUACCUUACUAUCACUAGACCAGAUUUAACAUUUGCUAUCCAGCAAUUAUGCCAAUACCAGAAGGAUCCAUAUAGUGAGCACUUGCAGGCUGCCUAUAGGAUUUUAAGGUAUUUGAAACAUGCUCCAGGACAAGGAUUGCUUUUUAAAUCUGAUUGUGAAUUGAAGUUAAGAGGUUUUUCAGAUUCUGAUUGGGCAAGUUGCCCUGACACAAGGAGGUCAAUCACAGGGUAUUGCACCUUACUUGGGGACAGUCUGAUAACCUGGAAGUCUAAGAAACAGAGUACAGUUUCUAGAUCAUCUUCUGAGGCUGAGUACAGAGCCUUAGCACACCUGGUUUGUGAGUUGCAGUGGUUAAAAGGAUUGCUUGCAGAAAUGGGUGUCAAAAUUCCUCUACCUGUUCAGGUUUAUUGUGACAACAGAUCAGCUAUCCAUAUAGCUGAAAAUCCUGUGUUUCAUGAGAGAACGAAACACAUCGAGAUUGAUUGUCACAUUACAAGAGAAAGGCUGAAGUCUGGAUUAAUCAAGCUUGAACAUGUCAGAACAGAAGAUCAGUUGGCAGAUUUGUUUACCAAAGGCAUGACAAGAUACAGGCUGAAAUUUCUACUUAGCAAGUUGGGAGUUUUGGAUAUACACUCGCCAACUUGUGGGGGAGUAUUAGAGCAGAUUGAUGAACCCUGCUGUGCAGAGCUGGAGAACCAAGGCAGAGGGAAGACGAAGGUUGAAGAAGAGUAAUACGCAGCCGUUUGUUCAAUCCGAUGCCGUUUCCAUUGUCUCCGUUACUAGCUAGCCGUUAAGUGUUGGACGGUUGUUUGUUGCCACGUGUUAGGCACAGUAAUAUUUAAAUUACAGUUUUAAACUUCAUUUCCGUUUUUACUGUAGUUGAUUUCUGAUGGUAUAAAAGGAAACAGAGAAGCAUACAGCUUUCUCUGAGAUUUCCCCUCCAAUCAUUCAGCAGCUAAACCUAGCAGCUGCUUCCUUUCCUUCUUCUUUCAUUUCUAUUUCUUACGUAUGGUCUGAACGUUGACCAAAAUAAACAUUCUGGCCAAUCUUUUCGAUUUAUAACAUCCUGGCCCAAACUAUACAUCAAAAUAAACAAUUUGGCCAGAUCCGACUUUUGACCGUUAACUUGGAAGGUCAAACGCGUUGACCGUUAGUCAACGCGCCAUGUCAUUGCCAACUCAACAAGUUUCAAUUAAUUUUUUUAAUUUACACCUAUUUUCAUUUUCUUUCCUUUUUUUAUUGUUAAAAAUUAAAAAAGGAAAUGAAAAUAGGUGUAAAUUAAAAAAAUUAAUUGAAAUUUGCUGAGUUGGCAGUGACAUGGCGCGUUGACCGUUAGUCAACGCAUUUGACCGUCCAAGUUAACGGUCAAAAGUUGAAUCUGGCCAAAUUAUUUAUUUUGAUUUAUAGUUCGGGCCAGGAUGUUAUAGAUCGAAAAGAUUGACCAGGAUGUUUAUUUUGAUUAAAGUUCAGGCCAUACAAAAAUAUUUCCAUUGGAUUUAAACACGAAUGUAUUUUUUCGUUUACAGCCCGCUUGUACAGAAUUGAAGAAUAAUUUACUGGCGUUAAAUAUUCAUUAGAUGAUUAUCGGUCCAAGUGCAUUAAUUAUCGUACGAGGGAGGAUGAUCGAUGUUACCACCAUCCCAAUCCACUAAGCCGGUCCUUAAUUUUGAUCAACGCGAAGUAUAUUUGUCUAUGUCAAUACUCGAUAAUGUGCGGCAGCUAAUGGAAGUUGUUGUCGUUCUGCUUAUAAUGUUGUGCUUGAUACUUCGUUUAAUGUUGGUUGGUUUUGAUCAAAGAAUAAUGUUCAGCUUAAUGUUGUGCUAGAUACUUCGUUUAAUGUUGGUUGGUUUUGAUCAAAGAAUUUCAUAUUGUUUCGUCUUUAAAGGUCUUUCUAAUUGGUAUUAACAAUUACUCUUUGGAUAUUUGAAAUGGAGCACAAACAUUUGAGGGUGUCCAAGUCCCAUGUACGCAAUACCUCAGUGCUUGUAAAUCAAGUAAUAUACUUGAUAAUUAAGGUUUGUUUAGAUAGGUGUAAUAAGCAAGCUAGCUAUACACAAAUAGUGACUUUCCUUUUGAGCUGGGAUACUUUAAUGGUGGUCAUAAUUAUAUAGUCAAAUAACAAAAUUUCCAAAGAUUGUUGAUGAUGUAACGAUGUGUAUAUAAUGUACAGCAACACAUAUAAUUGUGUGUUUUAAACUACAAGGAAGGAUUAGAACCGCAUAUUAAAUCACUUGAUUAGUUAGGCGACAUGAAGUGCCCUCUUGAAAAGGAUGUCACUUAAUUCUUAUCUCCCGUAAUCCUUACUUAAUUGUAACAGUUUUCUUCUUUCCCUUUUUUUUUCUUUCUUUCCAUUGGCCCCUAAUAUUAUCAACACACUGUUCAAGGACAAGACCUCAUCCUCUGCUUUUUCAUAAUUCCCCUCCUCGUAAUUAAAUAGAUGGUUAAGAAUAUUAAUGACGGUGGCACUAGGUUAACGCAGAUAAUAAUGAAAAAAUAUCAACCUA